AUGUCCAUCGUAUCGAUCUCCGAUGGUGUAGGCUCCAAUAUACACGACAAGGAAUUACGGGCUUUCGCAGCCCAGCUUCACGUUGAGGCGCUGUAUGACAAGGAUGCCGACGAUUACCUUACUUUGUUAAGGUCGCUUGAGGCCGUCCUGAGAAGCAUCGACAAUGCGCCCGACUACAUUGCGCCAGAUUUUCUUCCUCAAAAGACGCUUGAAGAUCGCACCUUUUGGAAGCCAGCAUCGAAAGACAACCCCUUCAACGGUUGGAGUCACCGAUGUAAUAUAAUAUCUGCGGCGCCAGCUAGCAAACUACUUUGUGGACGUACCGUUGCUGUCAAGGAUAUCAUAUCUGUUGCAGGGCUACCGACAACCCUUGGCCUGCCCCAGUCACUAUUUCCUGACGGCAAUGGGUACCCCAUCUCCCCUAUCGAUGCAGUCGUAGUGUCGCGGAUUCUCGGAGCCGGAGGGAUCAUCAAAGGCACGUCAACUUGCGAAAGCUUUUGUGCGUCUCCCUUGUCCUUCACCUCGGCCACAGGGCCAGUCCAUAAUCCAAGAUUGCAUAACUAUACGGCCGGUGGAAGCAGCAGCGGCUCUGCAGUGCUCGUUGCGGCUCAUCACCUAACACCAAGCGGGGGCUACUUAUCAAGCGGCAAAACUGUGGAGUUAGCUAUUGGCACCGACCAGGCCGGGUCCGUACGAAUGCCGGCUUCUUACAAUGGCAUCUACGGGCUGAAGCCCACCUUCGGUUUAGUCCCCUACACUGGCGCGGGUUCCAUGUCGCCCAUGAUUGACCACCUGGGCCCGCUGGCGGCCACGCUUGAAGAUAUCGCUGUGCUGUUGGAGGUCAUGGCAGGCUACGAUGGUUAUGACCCACGGAUGACCCCUGAAACUCCUUUGGUACAUCAGGUAAAACCUUACCAAGAACUCCUGCUCAAGGCGAGGCAAGAAAUCAACUCUACAUCAAAACCGGGUCACAAGCUGAGGAUUGGUCUGCUAAAGGAAUCUUUCCACAUGCCCGGGGUUGCUCCAGACGUGCGAGAUAUCGUCUACCAGACAGCAACUCGAUACUUUGAAGUUGUCGGGGCCAGUGUCAUUGAAGUGUCUAUUCCAAUGCACCAGCAAGGUCCUGUAAUCUGGACAGCAGCAACUAGGCCAUCCAUGUCCAGUUAUCUGUGCCAGGGAAACCCCUCCGGUCACCUUUCCUUCCUGUCACCGCACGCGCAGAUCAAAUGGCCUCCCUCCCAGGAAACCUACGACACGUUGACAUCCACCAACCCAGCUGUAGUCAACAUUAUGCUGAGCGAGAAGUUGGCGAGGGAGUCAUCUAAAGCAGGGCUGGAGGCCAAGGCCCAUCGCAUGGUCUUUGCGCUCAGAGCCGCCUACGAUUCUGCUCUCGAGAAUGUUGAUAUCAUUGUCACGCCUUGUGCGCCGACAGUAGCGAUGCCGCACCCAAAUGCAAAUGGCCCAGAUGGAAGACAGGCCUCAGUGUUGGAUAGACUUGGUGUCGCCGUUGGCUUGACCAGCAAUACUUGUCCUUUUAAUGUCACUGGCCAUCCCGCUUUGAAUGUUCCUUGCGGUUUCUCCACAGCCGAAGGUCAUCCGGAUGUCCCGCUGCCUGUAGGCAUGCAGAUUGUGACAAGGCGCUGGGCUGAUGAGAAGCUCAUUGAGGCUGCAGCUUUGUUUGAACGGGGACGAGAGUUAUUUUAG